AUCAGCCAAGCUGGACACCACAGCUUUGCCCCCCACCACCUCAGCCACAGCCCUUCCCCCCUCAGUAGGUCCACAAAACCCGCACUUUAACAGACAGCACCCACAGUCUCCUGCAAGCACCACUCCUACACACCAAGAGGAUCAGUAUGUAAGCGAGGAUGCACCCAACCUGGACGAUGAGCUUUACAGAGAUGCAGAAACGAUCACUGAUGUGUGUAACAGCACUGAUCUUCCAGAGGUGGAAAUCAUCAGUUUGCUGGAGGAGCAGCUGCCUCACUAUCAGCUAAGAGCAGACUCGAUAUACGGCUAUGACCACGACGACUGGCUCCACACACCACUCAUUCCCCCCGACCUCAACAUUGACCUGACCGUCGAGCAGAUCGAGGAGACCCUUAAAUACUUCCUUCUGUGUGCUGACAGAGUGGGCCAGAUGACUAAGACAUACAAUGACAUAGAUGCUGUUACACGUUUGCUUGAAGAGAAAGAACGGGACUUGGAGUUAGCAGCACGCAUAGGUCAGUCCCUGCUGAAGAAAAACAAAACCCUAAGUGAAAGAAAUGAGUUUUUGGAAGAGCAAGUGGAGCACAUACGGGAGGAGGUUUCUCAGCUGCGUCAUGAUCUUUCUAUGAAGGAUGAGUUGCUCCAGUUCUACACCAGUGCUGCUGAGGAGAGCGAGGGAGAGUCGGUCACCUCUACCCCAAUUCCACAUAAUGACUCCUCAUUGUCAGUGCCAAACUACUUUCCUUUGGACUCGCUGCAGAAGAAGCUCAAAGACCUGGAGGAGGAGAACAUUGUGCUCCGAUCAGAGGCAUGCCACUUGGAGACAGAGACCAUCUCAUAUGAAGAGAAGGAACAGCAGCUGGUUAAUGACUGUGUGAAAGAGCUCAGGGAUGCUAACAUACAGAUCUCGUCACUUGCGGAGGAGCUGGCGAAAAAGACAGAAGAUGCCUCCAGGCAGCAGGAAGAGAUAACACAUCUGCUCUCUCAGAUUGUGGACCUCCAGAAAAAGGUUAAAUGUUAUGCAGUAGAAAAUGAGGAGCUCACGCAACACUUGGGAGCUGCUAAGGAUGCUCAAAGACAGCUCACUGCUGAGCUACGAGAACUAGAGGAUAAGUUUGCAGAGUGUAUGGAGAUGCUGCAUGAAGCCCAAGAAGAGCUGAAGAACUUCAGGAACAAGACAGUGCCUCAAAGCACGCCACGCCGCUUUCACUCGCUCGGCUUUUUCCCCAUGCCAUUACAUCAGACCAAGAAACGCCUGUUCCCAGCAUCUAAUGCUGUAUGUACACAACAGGACUCCUUAGCUGCUGAAAUUGAAGGGACCAUGAGGAAAGAGAUUCAGAUGUCUGACCCGGAAGUGGAAGAUCAGAGGUUACACCCAAAGCGAGUUUUCCAAACAGUGCGCAACGUCAAUCAGGUGGUACGUCAGCGGUCACUAUGCCCCUCCCCCAUGAACAUCCCAGGUUCCAAUCAGACGUCAUCCAUAAAUUCCAGGCACUCGAGCUGUCUGAGCACACCCAGGUCCAGUGUUUAUGGAGGAGAAGGGAGCAUCCUGGACAACCGCAACAACAGCUUGAUGCUGGAGAGUCAUACCCCGCAGGAAGGUUCAGAGGAUUCAAACAAGAAACCUGGUACUCCUGGAACACCUGGUUCUCACGACCUGGAAGCAGCACUACGCCGGCUGUCGCUUCGCCGUGACAACUACCUGAGUGAGCGGCGCUUUUUUGAGGAGGAGAGAGAACGCAAGCUGCUGGCACUAGCCGGGGAGAAAAGAGAGUCGUGUGGAGACAGUGAUGGAGAAGGAGGAGGCUCACUCACAGAUGCAGACAGCAUCUUGUCUUUGGGCAAUCUGCACUCGGUCUACUCUAUUUACAGCACUCGCUCCUACCUACCUGAGAAGCUGCAGAUCGUCAAACCUUUGGAAGGAUCAGCAACUCUGCACGCUUGGCAACAGCUAGCCCAGCCCAACCUUGGUGGCAUUCUGGAUACUCGACCAGGGGUAGUGACCAAGGGCUUCCGCCAUCUCCAGCUUGACAUUGAAGAGGUCUAUACGUUCACAGACUUGGAGGAAGAUGAGACAGAAGCACAUAAGAUAUCUCAGCCCAGUCUCUCUACCUCUGGCCUGGGCUCGAUUCCAUGUUCACCUAGUUCAAACCUCCAUCGGCAAGGGGAGAAGCAUCGAGGAGAGAGACGAGGGGAAGAGCCAGAGUUUCAGGAACCGGGAGGAGAUGCACCGGAUGAGGAGGAGAUGGCAUCUGUGCAUUUUCCUGGUAAAUGCAUGUCUCACACAAACGCUACUUACACCUUUACUACCUGCCGGAUACUCCACCCCUCUGAUGAGCUGACCAGAGUCACUCCCAGUGUGAUGGCCACAGGUAUCCCCAUGGCCCACUGUGUAAAGAACAUCAAAAGCAUGCACUCUACUCCAGCCUCUACCCCCUGCACACCACGCCGUCUCAGCCUGGCUGAGAGCUUUACAAAUCUGCGAGAGCACACGAAGACCACGAGCACCUCUCUGGGCCUGGUGUGCCUCCUACAGGAGCAUGGGAUUUCUGCAGCUGUCUACAACCCUCACAGUUGGGAUCGGGCUGACGGAACGCCUAGCAAAUCACAAUCUGUUUCAAAAACAUUCCCCACUGCCCCAGCCCCAGACACCAUGCCCUCGACACCCCCAAACUCCCCCACCCAAUCCAAACUCGGCAGCCCUGUGCUGCCUAUAGACUUUAGCCCAUCAGAUCCCCCUUAUGAGAACUUCCUGGCUUCACGGCCUGCCAGUUCCAUUCUGAAGGAGAUGCGGGGAGCAGAGGCCAAGCUGCACACGGAAUCCCACUGCCAGACAGACAUGAGCAUACACAAUCUGCGGCUUGUGGACAAGGUAAAGCGCUUCAGCCUAGGCCCAAGAGCUGUGACUCCAGGUCCUGGGCUCGGUUUAGCCACACCAUCUUUUGGGACCCAACCUGGCCUGCCUAGCCCCAUAGCUGGACUGACCGGGAUUCGGAGAAACCGAACUUAUCCUGUUAUGGUGGGGGCCAGCAUGGCCAUGAAGGGACUAGGGCCACCUAGUGAAGACCUUCUCCUGCCCCCUAAACCUGCUACAGAAGCUGGUUUAAGUGAGGAGUGAGUGUUGCCUCUCUGUCAAGAGUUAUGCAUCUGUAAAUAUACAUUAAAUGCAUUAUUCUCAUGACAGAUCAACUGUGCCUGUAAAAAAAAUUUGUAUAGAUAAUUUUGUACAGCAGCUGUAACUAUAACACCAUUUUAUUACUAUGGUCUUGUCACACAUAUAGUGCAAUUCAGCCAGGAAGACCACUGUAUGUAUUUGAUUCUUUAAUCCCCUACUAAAUUGUAAAAUAAUUGCACUUCUGCAUUUCAAGAAAAUGUAGCAUAAGGCCUGUUUGUAAGCACUUUUUGAUUUUGAAUUUCUUUGGCAUAACUGUGCUAAAAGACCAUAACCCUGUAAUCUUGUUUUCUGCCUAAUGUGGUCUUCCCAAGCCCAAAGCACCUCUGGUUGGCUUUUUGUAUAAAAAAAAACUGAAACACUAAUAACAUCAUUAAGCUAAUCCUACACAGAACAAUUAAGAACAAUAGUGUGUUAGUGUCCAGUUAAUGUGACUGAUUUCAACCCUUUGUGCCCAAAAAACAAUCUAAUGAAAUUAUUUUUUAAAAAGCCUUUACGAAAGCAUAGUUUUACUUGAUCACAGCAUUACGACAUCCCUUAUAUUUAUAUUUGUAUCCACAACAGAUGAAAUCCCUUAAAUGAUUUGUUGUAUAAUGCUUGUUACAAUGUAAUAAACAUAUGCAUUGCCCUUGAAAUGGGCGCUAUGAGGAAAACUGUAGCAGCACAAAUAAGGGCACACACUACUGUAUUUUAUUCAGAGUUGUGGUAAGGUUCUUUAGGGAGUCAGAAACCGGUGUUUAGUGGUCGGAGGGAAGACCAAUGUUAUUUAUAAGUCUGUGUAUGUGUGUUUAGAUAAAUGCAGUCGAUUAACUAUGUAUUUAAACUCAAGCAAAGUAUUUACAGCCUUCUGGAUACUGAUGGUGUCGAGUUCUUCUGACAGAAAUGAUGUAACUCUGCAGAUGCUUCAGAAAUCUCUGGCCAGUAUUAUGUUUUAUUUAAAAGCUGUAAAGUGUGUUUUUUUGGUGAGAGGUCCUUCCUCUCCAAAAGCUGAACUACAAGCUUUAAUUGCAUUGUGCGUUUGUCCUUUGACAGCAAUUUCAUAGUGCCUGAUGUCAAUAAUUUAUUAUUUAACCCUAUUUUGACUUUCAUUCUUCUUAGUAUGCAUAGGUGUUAACAUUAUAACUAAUAUGUUGGUGUUGCCCUAACAGGAAGGAUUUUCAAUUUGGCAGUGCCAUUUUUGAAUGCAACAUAUGAAGGAGGUUUGGUUGUCGAGAAAUGAUAUUGAUAUGAUAUAUCUAGAAAGCACAUACAGCCAUACUUUUGGUCUGAAGUAUGCCUGUGUUUUUUUUUUCCCGUUUGUUUUUUGUAAUCAUGUUCUUACUUGCAUCAGAAGGCUGUUUGUAAAAGAAGUGUAUGCACUUAAUACUGACUUCUACAUGUUAGUGUUAAAUGUAUUGCCAGUGGUCCUACAUGACUCUUCAUUCAUCAUAGUCAUGAGCUUUAUUUCCUCAGACAGCAUAAAGAGAAGUGUUUUUUCACUUGUACACUGUAAAUUAUGAAAAUAGAAAUAUGUUUUUAUACAAAAUGCCAUGAAAUACUGAAUGUAUGGAGGACUGUGUCAACAAAAGAAAUCCUGAUUUGCUUUCAGGAAAUUUGAAUGCAAAAGAAGUCAUCAAUAAAUGAAUGAACACAA